AUGCAAUAUAUUGAAUUAUUAAUUAUGUUCCUUAGUGUAUUAUUAGCUGUUGCUUUCUUAACUGUAGCUGAACGUAAAACUAUGGCAUAUAUGCAAAGACGUACUGGUCCUAAUGCUGUUGGUUAUUUAGGUGUAUUAAUGGCUAUAGCUGAUGCUGCUAAAUUAUUACUUAAAGAAAUUAUUACUCCUACUCAUGCUGAUAAAUUUAUAUUAUUUAUUAGUCCUAUGAUAGCUUUAAUUUCUUCAUUAUUAUGUUGA